AUGUCGGGUGGCCACAAAAAGUCAGGCAGACGCGAGACCUUUCGCAGUAGAAAACGACAUCCAUCGAAUUUUGCUCCUGGCGGAACAGAAACAGAUCCUCUUAACAUUGAAGUUGAAAUUGCAGAUGUUCUCGACCCAAGCCGUGGUGACGCGAAAAGACGAAAGAUUGAGCAUGACGAACGUGAGAAACGUGCACAGGCAUCGCCAGUGAAACCUCAUCGAAAGGAGCACUCAUCGCCGAUUAAAGGCAAAAAGAAGGAAGAGAAUAAAAAGGAGAGCUCAGCCCACGAAGAAAAAUUAUCCAAAAAAGAAUAUUUCAACAGAAAAUAUCGCUAUGGAAACUUUGACCGCUAUUACGGGAUUCGCCUAAAUCCUGGAGAAACUGAUACUCGCCUGUCAGUGUUUAAAAAGGAAUGGUUCGAGAAAAAGUCGGUUUUAGAUAUUGGCUGUAACGUCGGAUUCCUAACGCUAUCGAUUGCAAAGAAUUUCGAGCCCCGACGAAUUCUGGGAAUCGACAUCGAUGAGCAUUUGAUAGGUGUUGCGCGCAAAAAUAUCCGACAUUAUUGCGACUAUGAAAUUCCACUUCUCGGAAAGUAUCCAGCAUCGUUUGGUUCGCAAUUUGGUCCCGUCACUCAAGAACCACGAUCAUUUUCAACAAAAUUCCCGGAUAAUGUGUGGUUCCGCAAAGAGAAUUACGUGCUCGACAAUGAGGACGAAAUUUCAAUGAUCGAAAAUGAGUUCGACGUGAUUCUCGCGUUAAGCAUCACGAAAUGGAUUCAUCUGAAUUGGGGCGACGAUGGAAUGCGAAAGUUUCUCAAACGAGCCUAUCAGCAACUUCUUCCAGGGGGCAGAUUGAUCAUUGAACCUCAGCCAUUUGAAAGCUAUCGAAAACGUGCUAAAAUGAACGAAGAGCUCAAGUCGAAUUAUUCGAAAAUCGAGUUUAAGCCAGAAGAUUUUGAAAUGUAUUUACUCGAGGAGAUCGGGUUCGAAUCUGUCGAGCAUUUGGGUGCCCCAUGCGCUAAAUCCAAAGGAUUUGAACGAUAUAUCGAUGUAUAUCUGAAGCCGCUCAAGCCUGCUUCAAAUUAA